GGCAACACUCGAACGCGGCCUUGAGUCAGUGUCACAGGCCGGACUCCUUCUUGCGAGUUUAUCGGUGACUCACCCUCACACGGGGAUCCCUGCGUCAUUUCCCCCCCACAAUCGCGUGAUCGCCGGAACGACAGGGAGCGAUUGCCUCAUUGGGGAGCGAGUGACAGAGCGCGAGACAGCGAUCUGCAGCGCCUUCCACGGGAUCGGUUGUGAGAGAGAGAGAGAGAGGGGGAAUAACUUUCCUUCGGGGGCGAGAUUUGUUGUUGUUGUUCUUACGUGUCUUGAGUGUGUGUGUGUGUUUUUUCUUUUUUUUUCAUAUCUCUCUCUCAUUGACUCUUCUCUCUCCUUCAUUCAUUCAUAAAUUCGGUUGAUUCACGAUGUUUUCCUCGGGUCCCAACUACAAUAAGCUGAAAACCAAUCUCAGGCUGGCGAUUAGUAGGCUGAAAUUACUGGAGAAGAAGAAGACGGAGUUGAAUCAGAAGGCGAAGAAGGAGGUUGCCGAUUACCUUGCGGCAGGAAAAGUUGAGCGUGCAAAGAUCCGCGUUGAAUACUGUAUCCGAGAAGAUUAUUUGGUUGAGGGUAUGGAGAUGACAGAAUUGUACUGCGACAUGAUAUUGGCUCGUUUUGGCAUCAUAGAACAAAGCAAGGAGCUAGAAGCAGGUCUUGCAGAGUCCAUAUCAUCUGUGAUUUGGGUGACCCCACAGCUUGCAACAGAGGUUGCUGAACUUAAAGUAAUCUGUGACCAGCUGACACGAAAGUUUGGAAAACCCUAUGCUAUGGCCUGUCAGAGCAAGGAAGUGUCUACCAUAAGUGAACGUCUGAUUCACAAGAUGAGUGUCCAAGCACCGCCCAAAAUAAUGGUUGAAAAGUAUCUUGUUGAGAUUGCAAAUAAUUACAACAUUGAGUAUGAACCGGACCCACAGGUAAUGAGCGAUUCCCAAUGCGAGUCCCUCAUUAACCUCGAUGAGAAGAACAACCUGGGUAACAACAGCAUCUCGGCUCCAGUAGGCGGAGUGCAGAUGAAUAUUCCUCCUGCAGGAUUUGUUGGGUAUCCUGGACAGCCAAUGGCCCCUUUCGCAUAUCCUCAGUCACAGGUGCCGCUACCUUCACAGUCCCUUCAAGAGGGACAGGGAUUCCACAACAGCUCCAGUUUGAUGCCUCACCCUGAUCAAAUUCUGCAGCCAGUUCCUGUUCCAGUUCCAACACCACAUUUACCAGCAACACCAAAGAGUUCAUCUCCAAAGAUGGGAGGGAAUCUCAGUCUUCCCUCUAUUCUAGUCACAAAUCCUCAGUCUCUUACAAACUGCUUUGAAGAGUUUACCCAAACUGUGGAGGAUCACAAACCUGACAUCAUUGUUGUCAGUGAGACAUGGUUUUCGGAAACUCGGCCAGCCACCAACUACACCCUUGACGGAUACAAAAUGUUUAAUGAUGACAGAGAGGGCAGAGGUGGGGGUGUAGCUGUGUAUGUUCUCGAUUGCCUUCACCCAAAUGAAAUAAAGCUUGAUGCUCCCCCAGAACUAGAGUGUGUCUGGGUGGAGGUGGAUAGAAAGCUGGUAAUAUGUGGACUGUACCACCCUCCAAGAGCAGCCACAGGACCAUUGCUGAUGGAACAGAUUGUUAACUCCGUCCUGGACAUUCGAAGCUUUAGACCAGACAUUGCUAUUGCUAUUGCAGGAGAUUUCAACAACUUGCACCAAGGCCGUCUCUGUGCAGGUCUAGAAAUGACCAACCUUGUGCAAGAACCCACACAUAUGAACUCGAUUAUUGAUUUGGUAUUAACUGACCACCCAGAGUGUUACAAGAAACCUAUUUUGCUGCCACCAGUGGGGCAGAGUCGUCAUCACUGUGUUCUAGUGCUGCCAAAGACUGCGGAAAAUGAUAGUGUCCAAAUGGAUCCUGCUAGUACAGUGUUCAACUUGCCCAGUGUUCCGGGGCAAGCACCAUAUCCUCAGGCGCCAUACCCAGGGGGAGCCACAGGGUACAACAUCCCUCCAGGUGGACCCCAGAACUUCCCCCCAGGUGGACCCCCUCCCCCUGAUCCUGGAGCUGACCCUCUCCCUCCCAAGAUCAACAACAUGGAU